AUGAAAGACAUUGGAAACAGAGGAGAAGAAUAUUCACAGAAAGAACAAAAAUACUCUCACCAUGAAAAGCUUUCUAUUUCUCAGAUUAUUUUUACACCUAGUGGCAGAGAAGCUUCAAAUACACAACAACUCAACAGAUAA